CACUGUGGGGCAUAGGGGUGUCGCGGAACCUGGAGGAACGGAGCGGUGCGCAGCAAUGGGGCCGUGAGGGGCCCUGGGCUGGGGGCUCCUGCUGCUCGGCUCCAUGUGCGGGACGGCGGGCGAGCCACACUCCCUGCGGUACAUCCACACCGCGAUGACGGAUCCCGGCCCCGGGCUGCCCUGGUUCGUGUCUGUGGGGUACGUGGACGGCGAGAUCUUCGUGCACUAUGACAACAAUACGCGGAGGGACGUGCCCCGCACCGAGUGGAUGGCGGCCAACAUGGACCAGCAGUACUGGGACGGACAGACGAAGGUCGGACAGAGGAAUGAGCAGGCUUACCGCGUGAGCCUGAACACGCUGCAGGAACGCUACAACCAGAGCGGCGGGUCUCACACACUGCAGCGGAUGUCGGGCUGUGCCAUUCUUGAGGACGGCACCACCCGGGGGUAUCAUCAGGUGGCGUAUGAUGGGAGAGACUUCAUUGCCUUCGAUAAAGACAGGAAGACGUUCACUGCAGCAGUUCCAGAGGCAGUUCCCACCAAGAGGAAAUGGGAGGACGAUGGGAGCGUUGCUGAGGGGUUGAAGCAGUACCUGGAGAAAGACUGUGUGCAGUGGCUGCAGAGAUACAUGGAACAUGGGAAGGCAGAGCUGGGCAGGAGAGAGCGGCCCGAGGUGCGAGUGUGGGGGAAGGAGGCCGACGGGAUCCUGACCUUGUCCUGCCGUGCUCACGGCUUCUACCCGCGGCCCAUCGUCGUCAGCUGGAUGAAGGAUGGCGAGGAGCAGCACCAGGACACCCAGACGGGGGGCAUCGUGCCCAACAGUGACGGCACCUACCACACCUGGGUCACCAUCGAUGCGCGGCCGGAGCACAGGGACAAGUACCAGUGCCGCGUGGAGCACGACAGCCUGCAACCGGCCGGCCUCUACUCGUGGGAACCAUCAAAGCCCAACCUGGUUCCCAUCGUGGUGGGGGUGAUCGUCGCCAAUGUGGCCAUCGCCAUUGUGGUUGGUGUUCGAUUCAUCAUCUACAGAAGCCAUGCAGGGAAGAAAGAGAAGGGCUACAACAUUGCCUUUGGUGAGUGAUGACAGCAGAGCUGUCCCCCCCCUCUGCCCGGUGCCAGGGUGGUCCUGGGGUCCCUGCUUUCUCCCAGGGUUCCCAUUCCUGGUGCUCGGGGCUGCUCCAUGCCCCAUAGUGAGCACAGGGCUGGGACUUAUGGCUGUUUCUCCCUUACAGCCUGGGAUGGUGGAUCCAACAGCUCAGCCACAGGGAGCGACCGCCCGGUGAUCUGAGUGCUGUGCUUCAGCGUGCAAGUGGAAGGCUGUCCCCACCAGCCUUUGGGGUUGGUGAUGGACACAGCCCCAUCCUCUCAACCUCUCACAUUUCCCUCUGCUUCCUAUGCUGUCUGUUAUGCUUUGCCUGCAUUGCUUCCUGUGAAAUAAACUGAUGAGUGUUCUGUGCUCA